CUCAUGCAUGUUUGGGGUCCUGUCAGGUGUCUGGAGAGAAAAUCAGGAUUGCGAGAUGUAAACUCAGAAUUCUGAGGAAAGAAAACGCUGAAUUGCGAGAUCAAAAUUCUAAGAUAUAAACUUGCAAUUCUGAGAAGAAAAGUCUGAAUUGUGCAAUGACUCACAAUUUCUCUGUGUGUGUGUGUGGCAGAGACAUGCAGCCCAUGGAAAUGACAGUUCUGUACAUCAUGUCAAAAGUAAUAAUAAAAAUGUCCUGGUGGACUAUAAAAGCUUUGCAGCAGUUGCCUUCUGUCCAGUGAUCACUUCAGCUGAAGGAAUCAACAUCUAUCACUCAUCCAGAAGCAGCAGCAGCACUGACUACAGCUCUCCAGAAUAAAAGACAGUCUUGAGAAGAAAACAGAAAGCACCAGAAUGCUAUCUGCGUUCUUUGGCAAGAAAGACGAGCUCAAGAAAGAAGAACUGAUAAGGUCCACGCAGACCCUUCACCACUAUGUGCACAAAUACUUCAGCAUCACCAACAGACUGUUAGAGAUACUCAACACUCACCUGAAUCAAAGCCCUUCCCCUGCUGUCUCAGAAAAUGAAAAUGAAAGCAUUGAGGAAAACUGCGCCAGGGUGAGAAAUGUUAUGGGCCUGAUCCUGGAUGUUUCUGAGAAGGAGAACAAACAUGUCCGUAAGAGCAUUGAACCUGCUCUUUAUGAACGGAUUGCCUUCUCUGGAGCGUCACUGAAGGACAAGGCUUCACUGAUAAAGGAUCUGCAUCAGAAGACCAUGGGACUCUUGGGGAACGUCUGCGGUCCUGUAGUCGCUGUUCAACUGGCAAACAGUGAUCUGGGGAGUGUAAUGCCUCCAGUGGAACAGAAUGGGUUUCAGCCUGUUCUGUUGUUUGCUCUGGGAGAUCUAGUGCAGAGCAGUGCAAGAAUCACUGAGCUUCUGUGUGGAUCAGGAGAAAAGAGCCUGGGUGAAGCCGUAGAGGUAGUGGAAGAAGCCCUGUCUGUUCUGAAGCCACCCUGUGACUCCUACAAUGACAUUCUGAGUGAAGUGGAAGCCUACGUUACCAUCAUAUCUGAGAACAUGUAGGGUAGAAUUAUAAAAAUAUUAAUAUCUUUAUUCAGUAGAAGAAGCCAAGAUUCAGCUAUUGUCAUAUUACUUUUUUCUUUUGAAUGUAUUUAAUUAUUCAAUUAAAGAGAAUAGUGCAACUGUAAAUGUCUAAAUUGUGUGUGAAGUCAUCAAUACCAUGAUGAAUUCUGUGCAAAGUGAUCGUUUCAAACUGCCACAUGUUUACAAUAACACAAUGUUAUCGUGAGAAGGCAAAGCACAAGAGAACAACGGAGCUAUGAACAUACAUGUUCUAAUUAUGAGUUUAUUAGAGGUUGAAUUCAAAACAAAUACUGCCAAACUACCCAUACUACUUCUGAAUAGGAUGUCUACUUCAUAAAAUGUAUGAAAAUAUAUGGUUCAGAUUACUCAAAUAAAUGGAGGCGCCCUUAAAUGGUCAGAUAUGGAGCUUGGGUGUCAUCUAGUGAAAAAGUUUGGUACUGCGCCCAAACAAAAUCUUACUGAAAGCUCAUUUUUUAAAUAUUUCAACCUAAAAUUUGGAAUGUUGACAUUUUUGACUUUUAUUUUCUUGCAGUUUAAGAGUAAAACAUGCUUUGUAAUAUAUUAUUAUAAAAUAUAAACAAUUAUAUUUUUACAUUUUCGUAAACUUAAACUUCUGUAACUUUAUUAUUAUUUCACUUUCAUAAUUUAUUUCACUUCUACAAUAAUCUGACUAGUGUCUUCUUUAAAACAAGACCAACCUUAGGUCUAUAUUCCAAAGCAUUCUUGAAUCACAACCAUUUAUGUUUGGAUAGCGCAUUUUCAUGUCUGUGCGAAAAAAGGGGGUGACGGUUAUUUAAACCCUGUUUUUCUCAAAAUUCCGUUUGAGAUUUGGAAAGGGCUCGAAUCCAGCUUUCAUGUGUUAUUGAAACCUGUUAUAGGUAAAAUUUCACCAUGUUAUGGGUUUUCGCAGAUCACAUCAUAUAUAUAUUAUUAUGUAUUAUUUUAUUAACCAUAUAAAUGUAUUUGAAUAUAGCAGGAAGUACUAUUUAAAUUUAAAUACAUUUCAUAAAUCACAAACUUCAUCAAGAAAAUGAAUUGAAGGUAAAAAUGCAACAAACAAAAAGAAAAUGCUACUUUUAUUUCAUAUUUGAUUCUGGAUAUCCUUUUUGGAACAUUUAUAUA